GCUACUAGAAGAAGUCGAAGAGAACAGAAGAGGAACAGUGUGAUUUUCCCUCCUCCUUUCAGAGAGCAAGGCAGACUUACAGUACAGGAGAGGACGGUGCUGGAACAGUGUGUGGUGUGUCUGGACGUGUUUUAUCUUGACUCACAUCUGAAGAAGGAAAUACUGAUCUGCAAACAAGUGUCCCCACUACCAUCAGCACUAUGGCAGCAGGUGAAGGCCUAAACAGCACAAAUGGAUCUGACUGUCCAAAUCCAGAAGAAACUGUGGCUUGGGUCGUCAGUGUGGUGCCGGUGUGUAUCCUGGUCUUCACUGCGCUGGGGAUCGUGUUUAAUGUGUUUGUCCUGAUGGUUUUCUUCCUCCACAAGAAGGCCUGCACCGUGCCCGAGAUCUACUUGAGCAACCUGGCUGCUGCUGACCUCGUCCUAUUGGCUUGUUUGCCCUUCUGGGCUGUCAACUUAUCCAAACAGCACAACUGGGUUUUUGGUCGGGUCAUGUGCCGUUUGGUCAACCUGGGCAUUAACAUGAACGUCUUCUGCAGCAUCUACUUCCUAGUUCUAGUGAGCAUAGAUCGCUAUGUGGCACUGGUGCACACAAUGUCCCAUAACAGACUGCGUAGGCCAAAAUAUGCCAGACUGGGCUGUCUGAUGGUGUGGGGUUUCGGUUUGCUUGCAGGUGUCCCCACACUCGUUUACAGGGAGGUGCAAACUAGAUGUAAUAAUACUUAUUGCUCUCUUAACUAUACACUUAAUGAACAUUUGCUCUUUCAGGGGUUGCAGAUUUUGUUCAGCUUCAUCAUCCCCACUUUCAUUAUUUCUUUCUGCACUUUCAACAUAAUCAAAGCUCUGCAAAACCGGUUAAUGGAGGGGUUAAAGAGCCAGAAUGUUGAGCACAAAGCCACCACUCUGGUCCUUGCGGUUCUCCUGGCUUUCGUGAUCUGCUGGUUGCCAUUUCACGUGUUUAGGAUAGUAGAAUUGCUGAAAGAUUCUGGACUCUCGGGGAUAAACACCAAGGUGGUGGACACCUGCGUCCAAAUCUUCGUCUACUUAGCUUACUUCAACAGUGUUCUCAACCCCCUCCUCUACGUCAUUGUAGGGAAGAACUUCCGGAAAAAAGCUCAAGAAGUCUUCAGUCAGCAGGGAAGUGCAUCGUCUGUCAACACGUCUUCCACACGCCCAAGCCUGUCGAGAAGCUUUAAACUGGUGAAUUUCUCAAGCUGAACUGCAAAAAUGUGACUUUUUUCAGCAGUCACAGUUUUUCUUUUUCGUCAUACACUUUCAACAUAAUGACCUGGACUUUUUGUGAAAUUUAAGCCAUUAUGUUUUUGUCUUUUGAGUAUAUGGGUUUCGUUUUGUGUAUUAACCACUGUUUGCAAAAAAGCUGAACAUGUCAAGACGAUGGUACGUUUACUUGGCUAGAAGCAUGAUAUACCCCUUUGACAGAUACCCAUCAGAUCUUGCUUCAUAUGAUCAUAGUAUGAUUGUUUGAUGUGGGUUGAACAUAACCAAGCAUUUUAACUAAGAGCAGCGGUGGAAGGAGUAUUCAGAUUCUUUUUUAAUAACUCAUUAUAAAACAUACGCUAAUACAAGUAAAAGUCCUGCAUUCAAAACAUUACUUGUGAAAAGUAAAAGUAGUCAGUCAGCGUCAGUGCUUUCCUAUCAUAUCUGGUGUUUCUUGAUCUAUAUUAAAGCUGCACGUAUGUUGCAUUUUACUGUUAUAGAGCUCAUUUGAACUACUCUGUAUAAUGUUUGAGCUCUAUAAGAUCAUCAAAUGGUUUUAGCGUCGUCUUGUGAGAACAGUAUAUAUCAAAGUUAAAUCUUAAUGCUGCUAUACGCGUUGUCAUCGUUUUAGUCCUCACUGGAUAACAUGGGAAUAAAUUCCAGAGAAUUUGUAUGUAUUCUGUACGCAGUCUGACAAAUGAAGAGUCAUAGAAAGUACGAUAUUUACCCCUGAGAUGAAGUGGAAUUGAAGUGGAGUAAAGAACAAGUACCUUGAAUUUGUACUUAAUUACAGUAUUUGGGGAAAUGCAAUAGUUUCUCUCCAUCAUGGGCGAAGAGGCCAGUGACACAAAGGUGAGGGCACAUUAUUUUGAUGGGCUCUUUUCCCAGUGAUAAACAUCUGUCAGUUUAGAUGACUUGGUCUGAUGAUGCUUUAGGCGUUUGUGUGGACUUGCCUGAUUUCAGGAAAGAAGGAAAAGAAAGGAAAGCUGCGGAGCGGGAAGGAGCGACGUGAUAGCAGAUGAUGAUCACAAAUCAGCGCCUGUUUAGUCAACAGAGCAGAGGAAAUGAACGCCAGGGAUUAGAUCCAUUUGACAUUGUGUAUUCUACCAUGUCUGCUCCAACUUCCAAGGAUAUUAGACUCAAAUUUCUGUAUCUGCCAUUUUUGCACUUAGUUUGUUAAGUAUCAUAUGAAAGCACUGCUGAUGAAGCAACAGCAACAGGAAAAUGUUACAUCAUGUCAGUGCAACACCACAAUGUGUUUUUUAUUUUGCAGAAGUAAUGGGCACAAAUUGCGAUAAUGGAAAUAAUGGACAAGAGAGACAGAAACACACUCUGUGUCUCUUGAGUGUCUUAACACUGUGGGAUGUAAUGUGUAAUGUGAGUCGUGUAAGAUUUUUACUGUGCACAUGUCUGUGAAUGUGUCUGAAUCUGUUUUUCUGUUCAUUUACGUGGUGUCAUCGUGACCGUAUUGUGAUAUUCCAAUGCUAAACAAAUGUCAACUUCCUAUUUAUACACUGUACAUACAUUUGCAUGCUUGUGCACUUUGGUGUUUUUGUUGGUUCAGGUAUUAUUCAAACACACAGUAGCCUGAAGAGUAAUAGCUCACAAAAUCAUAGCAACGUCUCUUUAUGGUGUUAACACAACGUUACUGUUGCUCAAAUAACCUUUGUGUAUCAACUGUGGAACUUUAUCGAUAAUCAAUUUAUUGGAGUGGCAUUAAUGCAGAAGUCCAAGGCUUCUUUUGCUGAUCUGCAAAUAAACUCACAGCUUUGUGUUUUUAUAUAGACAUGCUCAAUGAGUGACAUGGGAUUUGUGUUUUAUUUCUUAUUGUUUAUUAAAGAAGUGGACAUUUAUAUCAGCAAAAGCCUUUGAUAUCUUUUUUAUCCCUC